CUGAACUUUAUCCUGGGGAGAGAAAAGUAUUGUGGUUUUAUGCAUAAAGGAAAGAACAGACAGAAGUGUGUUCUCAGAAGCUUCACUUAGGGUAAAUGGAAAUGCGGGGAGGGUCAGGGACAGAAGAUCUGCUAUAGCAGUAGUUCAUUGAGAAGCAAUGAGAUGCUAGAAGCUAGACAGAGGUGAGCCCACUGGGAAUAAAAAGCAGGAAAUGGAUUUCUGUGGUAUUGCAGAGGCAGAGAAGCAGGAUUUGACAGUGCAUGAGGUUUGGGACUGAGCAAGGUAACAGGCAAAGAUGAGUCGGAUUUUUUUUUUUUUUUUGAGUACGCUGUUGAUGUUGGCAGAAAUAAGAAAGUCAAGAGGACAAAUUGUUUAUGGAAGGAAUGAUGCUUGCAGAUGUUUAACUCUCAUUGAGGUCAGUGUGGAUGGGAACAGUCAUGUAAAGCUUGGGAGCAUAGAAUAUGGGCUUUGAAGGGCAAGUGAAUUUGGGUAAACAUAGAGGAGAAAUUUGGACAUUCUAGGCUCAAGGACCAGCAUGCAUGGAGGUUCCCACAUGGAACUAUUUAAGAAAGCUAUAACAAGGGCUAUUAUUUAUUGAGCAUUACUGGGUUAUAAGUUCCAUAAAGUUCUAUAGAGUUCAUCUGAUUUGUUUUACCAAGUUUAAGAUUGUGUCUAGCACUUGGCAUGUGUUCAAUAAUGUAUUCACUAAAAAGAUCAAUCAAUAACCACUUAUGCUAAGGAUUGUGCAAAGUAUCUAGAAUAGAGGCAAAGAAGAUACGUUCAUGCCUUCAAAGAGUUCAUAUCAUACAAAACAAUGUGUUACGUGGUUGCAGAGCUGUUUGGAAAUCAAAAGAGGCUCUGGAGCUGCUGAGAUUACAGGUCAUAACAGUUAUCAGCCAAGCUGCACCAAACAGCAGACAUCCUAAGAGGGAACAUUUCUCAGCUCUAUAAUGAAGAAAAGCAGGAGUGUGAUGACGGUGACGGCGGAUGAUAAUGUUAAAGAUUAUUUUGAAUGUAGCUUGAGUAAAUCCUACAGUUCUUCCAGUAACACACUUGGGAUCGACCUCUGGAGAGGGAGAAGGUGUUGCUCAGGAAACUUACAGUUACCACCAUUGUCCCAAAGACAGAGUGAACGGGCCAGGACCCCCGAGGGAGAUGGCAUUUCCAGGCCRACCACGCUACCGUUGAUGACACUUCCAAGCAUUGCUAUAACAACUGUAAGCCAGGAGUGCUUUGAUGUGGAAAAUGGCCCUUCCCCAGGUCGGAGCCCACUGGACCCCCAGGCCAGCUCUUCCUCUGGGCUGGUGCUUCACGCCACCUUUCCUGGGCACAGCCAGCGCAGAGAGUCCUUUCUGUACCGAUCAGACAGCGACUAUGACUUGUCACCAAAGGCGAUGUCAAGAAACUCAUCACUUCCAAGCGAGCAACACGGCGAUGACUUGAUUGUCACUCCAUUUGCCCAGGUCCUUGCCAGCUUGCGAAGUGUGAGAAAUAACUUCACUCUACUGACAAACCUUCAUGGAACAUCCAACAAGAGGUCCCCAGCGGCUAGUCAGCCUCCUGUCUCCAGAGUCAACCUGCAAGAAGAAUCUUAUCAAAAAUUAGCAAUGGAAACGCUGGAGGAACUAGACUGGUGCUUAGACCAGCUAGAGACCAUACAGACCUACCGCUCUGUCAGUGAGAUGGCUUCUAACAAGUUCAAAAGAAUGCUGAACCGGGAGCUGACACAUCUCUCAGAGAUGAGCCGAUCAGGGAACCAGGUGUCUGAAUACAUUUCAAAUACUUUCUUAGACAAGCAGAAUGAUGUGGAGAUCCCGUCUCCCACCCAGAAAGACAGAGAGAAGAAAAAGAAGCAGCAGCUCAUGACACAGAUAAGCGGAGUGAAGAAACUGAUGCACAGUUCAAGCUUAAACAAUACGAGCAUCUCCCGCUUUGGCGUCAACACCGAGAAUGAAGAUCACUUGGCCAAGGAGCUGGAAGACCUGAAUAAAUGGGGCCUUAAUAUCUUUAAUGUGGCUGGAUACUCUCACAAUCGGCCCCUAACGUGCAUCAUGUAUGCCAUAUUUCAGGAAAGAGACCUCCUAAAGACAUUCAAAAUUUCAUCUGACACAUUUGUAACCUACAUGAUGACUUUAGAGGACCAUUACCAUUCUGACGUGGCAUAUCAUAACAGCCUGCACGCUGCUGAUGUAGCCCAGUCAACCCAUGUUCUUCUUUCUACGCCAGCAUUAGAUGCCGUCUUCACCGAUUUAGAAAUCCUGGCUGCCAUUUUUGCGGCUGCCAUCCACGACGUGGAUCACCCUGGAGUCUCCAAUCAGUUUCUCAUCAACACAAAUUCAGAACUGGCUUUGAUGUACAAUGAUGAGUCUGUGUUGGAAAACCAUCACCUGGCUGUGGGUUUCAAACUGCUCCAAGAAGAGCACUGUGACAUCUUCCAGAAUCUCACCAAGAAGCAACGUCAGACACUCAGGAAAAUGGUUAUUGACAUGGUUUUAGCAACUGAUAUGUCUAAACACAUGAGCCUGCUGGCAGACCUGAAAACAAUGGUAGAAACAAAGAAAGUGACGAGCUCAGGCGUUCUCCUUCUAGACAACUAUACCGAUCGUAUACAGGUCCUUCGCAACAUGGUACACUGUGCAGACCUGAGCAACCCCACCAAGUCCUUGGAAUUGUAUCGMCAAUGGACAGAUCGCAUCAUGGAGGAAUUUUUCCAACAAGGAGACAAAGAACGAGAGAGGGGAAUGGAGAUUAGCCCAAUGUGUGAUAAACACACAGCUUCUGUGGAAAAAUCCCAGGUUGGUUUCAUUGACUACAUUGUCCAUCCACUGUGGGAGACCUGGGCAGAUCUGGUACAACCCGACGCUCAGGACAUUCUGGACACGUUAGAAGACAACAGGAACUGGUACCAGAGCAUGAUACCCCAGAGUCCCUCCCCACCACUGGACGAAAGAAACAGAGACUGCCAGGGUCUGAUGGAGAAGUUUCAGUUUGAACUGACCCUGGAAGAGGAGGAUUCUGAAGGACCUGAAAAGGAGGGAGAGGGCCACAGCUAUUUCAGCAGCACAAAGACACUUUGUGUCAUCGAUCCAGAAAACAGGGAUUCACUGGGAGAGACUGAUGAUGUGGACAUUGUGACAGAAGACAAGUCCCCGAUUGACACAUAAUCUCCCUGCUCAUGUGGAGACGAACAUUCCACCCUUGACAAGCAUGCCAGCUGUAUGGUAGGGCCAGCCCAUCACCAGGGCAAGGCCCACACCGGACAAAGGUCACCUGGCCUUUGCAGUUACUUGAGUUUGGAGCCAGAAUGCAAGGCCAUGAAGCAAAUAGCAGCUCAGGAAUCCCGUGGUUGACUUGCCUGGCCUGCAGGCUUGGUGGAGAGCUGAAGUUUUAUUAUGGUAGUGGAGGCCAGUAUCCCAUCGCGACUCAAUGGCUUGAAAAAUGGAAGACACAAAACUGAGAGAUCUCUCUGCACUAAGUUUCGGGACCUGUCCCGACAAGUGACUGAACUCACUGAUUAAUAACUUCAUUUAUAAAUCUGCUCACCUGUCCCCUUGUCUGCCAACCUGUGUGCCUUUUUUGUAAAACAUUUUCAUGUCUUUAAAAAUGCCUGUUGAAUACCUAGAGUUUAGUACCAACUUCUCCACAGAUAAGUGUUCAGAGCUGACAUACACUUUUUUUUUUUUUUUUUACUCUUUCUGGGGGGGGUGGGAAGGAAAGAAAAUAGUCUUCCUUCUUUCUUGGGCAAUAUCUUUCACUUUAACUACAUUUAACUUUUGCAAACAGACCGGAAGGACACAGCUCUAACCACAUUCUACUUCCUUCCCCUGUUGUCCAGUCCAGCUCCACAGUGGCCCUGGUAACCCAGGCURUUUGCUGGCUUCUAACAGUAGUUUUUCUCUAGGGUCUCACUAUUUUGCUCUAAGCAGAAUAACAUUGUACAAAAUAGGGGAUGGGGGGGGGUGGCUGUAUUGUUCACCAUGUCAGCCUGUCUGUAUAGCACUCAACUUAAUAAGGCAGUGUGCCCCUUGUGUCCUGAAGCCUCUGUGCCUCUGUGGGUUGCACAGCCCCAUCCUGUUCUCUGCCUACCCCCUUCACUCCRUGAUUCUAGUCACUCCAUUUUGCCRUUCACCAUUUAACGCUGCCAUCUUCCUCUUGCACUGCCUUCUGYGCUAACACCUCCAUUCCUGUUUAUAACCGUGUAUUUAUUACUUCAUGUAUAUACUGUAAUAUUUUGUAAGUUAUUAAUUUAUAUAUCUAACAUUGCCUGCCAACGGUGGUGUUGAAUUUGUGUAGAAAACUCUGCCUAAGAGUUAUGACUUUUUCUUGUUAUGUUUUGUAUUGUGUAUUCUAUAACCCAAACAUUGCUUAAGAGAGACACAGGCCCCUCUGCACAGAACACAGGGAUGGGCCUUUUGCUAAGAGGGCCUGCCCUCUCCCUGUCUGAGUUCCUAAURCUGCACAGCCCCUUUAUGAACAGGUUUUGCAAACAGGAUGCUCAUAUUCGAUACUAAAAGGUUUAUACUGAGCUUUUAUUUUGUAUGGUUUGAUAGGGGUAGGGGGCGAUGGGACGUUGUUUUUACCCAUGUUCUAUCCAAGUCUGUGUGCGGCAUGAGUUGGGUUAUAACCGGUUUCUACUAUAAUUGUGGCUUCGGUUCAAAAAGCAACACUACAUUUGCUCACAGAUGAUUCUUCUAAGUAUUCCCAAACUACUGACUUUGAAGAGCUAGCCUCCUGCCUGCCACUAAGCGACAAUGUCAUGUUCCAAUUCAUUCUGAAAGAAAAUGAUAAAACAAUGUGAAUUUUUAUAAUAAAAUGUGAACUGAUGUAGUAAAUUAUGCGAAUGUGAAGCUUCUUCUGAUAACACUUGUUAGGCCUCUUCCUGGUGUCAGUUUCAGUUUGUAAAAUAUGUUUCAUGCUUCRGUUCAGCAUUGUGAC